CAUUGCCUCUCACAGAUAGCUAGCAGCCGUGAUCGAUCCCAAACUUGUUCAAGAAAGACAACCCCUAUUUAUAUAUAAUAUUCUCCUGAAACUGCAUGAUCACAAAGAUGGCCGCUGUGAAGUCCAUGGCACUUCUUGUCUUUCUGCUUCUUGCAGUUUGUGCCAUUGUAUCCGAAUGUAGGGUGGCUAGAAAAGACUUGGGUGUGGAUCUUGGUGGGGUGGGAGUUGGAGUUGGAGCAGGGUUGGGCGUGGGUUUGGGUGGUGGAAGCGGGGCAGGGUCUGGUUCCGGUUCUGGGUCCGGGUCUAGUUCUAGUUCAGGCUCGGCUUCUUCUUCGGGAUCCGGGUCAAGUUCUGGGUCUGGAGCGGAAUCCGAAGCCGGGUCUUAUGCUGGAUCGAGGGCUAAGUCAGGUUCUGGUGGGUCUGAAGCAGGGUCAGAAGCAGGCUCUUACGCUGGAUCGAGGGCUAGGUCAGGUUCCGGUUCUGAAGCAGGUUCUGAGGCUGGUUCAUAUGCUGGGUCGAGGGCCAAGUCGGGUUCUGGUGGGAACCGGGGCAACUGAGAAGAUUGCAAUAGAAACACGGUCAAGCCACUAAAAUUAAAGAGAUUGUCGCCAUGAUCUGUAAUUAAAUAAUAAUUAGGCUGCCGUCAUCAGCAUGAAUAUUGUGUUUUCUUUUGUUCAUGUCUACUACAAGUAUUGAUCUAAUUACGGAGAUUAAUUAGUUGUCCAUCAGUCAGUCUUCAUGCUGCCUUUAUUGUAUCAAUUAAGUAAUGGAUGCUUAUCUAUUUACCCGCUUCUUCCACAACAA